UGGAUACAAGUCCCCAUAAGUUAGGAACCAAAAGAGUUGGACUUAGAAUACAGGAAACUUCAUUUUGCGGGCUUCUUCUUUCUUCGUAUAACGAGAAUUUUUGGAGUUUCUUUUAAUGGCGCUUUCAUUGAGUUCUAUGUCCUUCACAAGCUUCUUCGUUUUUUAUAUUAUACAACAGUUAUGUGGCGGUAGUUUGUAUGCAAAUGGAUGUUAUACGUCCAUCAUCAACUUUGGUGACUCCGUAUCAGACACGGGUAACAUUAAAGAACUGGCCUCUAUAUCCGACGUGACCCUUCCGGUUCUUCAGCCUCCUUACGGCGAAACCUUUUUUCAUCAACCCACCGGUCGAUGCUCCAAUGGACGCCUCAUCAUCGAUUUUCUCGCUGAGAGUCUCGGGUUGCCAUUUCUACCACCGUUUUUGCACGAUAAGGAGACUAACAAUACGGAGUACAUGGGACAAGGAGUUAACUAUGCUGUGGGGGCUGCUACAGCAUUGGAUACAUCAUAUUUUAUAGAAAGAGGAAUUUCUACUCCCAUCUUAAGUACAGAUUUGGGGCUACAAUUGGCAUGGUUUAAACAAUCUUUAUCUUCUAUUUGCAGCAACAUUUCGGAUUGUAGAAACUUAGUUGGACGUUCUUUGAUCAUGAUGGGGGAGAUUGGUGGAGGCGAUUACAACAAUAUAGUAAUGGAUGCAAGACCAAUCAAAGAAAUUGAAUCAAGCAUUCCUCUUGUUAUUGAUUCCAUCAUCUCAGCAGUCAUUGAAUUGAUUGAUUUGGGGGCUCAAACACUGGUUGUUCCAGGAAUCUUUCCACUUGGAUGUUCUUCUUCAUUUUUAUCAUUACGUGGUUCCGAAAACGAAGAGUAUGAUAAUACAACUGGUUGCCUCGUCCGGUUUAAUAAAAUUGUCGAAUACCACAACCAACUGUUGCAAACAAAAUUAAAUCACCUUCAAGAGCUUCAUCCUAAUGUCAUCAUCAUCUAUGCUGACUACUAUAAUGCCGCCAUGCAAAUUUUCCGUUCUCCUUAUAAAUUUGGAUUUACAGACGGAGCUCUAAAAGCCUGUUGUGGAAGUGGAGGUCUAUAUAACUACAACAAAUCUGAACCAUGUGGAAGUACAUUUGCAACUGUGUGUGAUGACCCAAAUAUGUAUGUUGACUGGGAUGGAUUACACUAUACCGAGAGGGCAUAUAGAAUAAUUUUCAAGAGUUUAUUUCAAGGGCCGUAUACUACACCCCAAUUUAGUUCCUUGUGUCCAGUAUCAACAUCAUAACUUGGAGUUGGUUAUUUCAAGAUAAGGAAAUGCAACGUUGAUAUAUUGGAGCUAAAAUGUGAUUUAUAGAUAUUUCACAAAAUUUACAGUUUAUGUAAUAUAUAUAUAUAUAUAUAUAUAUAUAUAUAUAUAUAUAUAUAUAUAUAUAUAUAUAUAUAUAUA